ACAACUCAUAGUUAUAAUUUACUUUUUUAUAUUAUUUUACAAGUUACUUACUUCUGUCAUGUAACAAAUUGUUGCGUCCAUUAGAAACAAAGUGACAUUUAUAUAUUUAUCUCUUUUAUAAUAUAAAAUUUAAUUUAAUUCUUGUAUAAAUUAAGAAAAUGUAAAUAUUGUAUUGUUUAUUUAAAUUUUCCAUAAUGAGAAAAAAUAUCUUCGCGCGCAAAUAUUUCAAUGUAAUGCGCUUCAUUGAAAAGCUUACAGAGGUCACUUAUGUACCUUAGAAAUAUGCGCGCGUUCAUGUAAACAACAUGCCAACAUUAAAAAAGUAAUAAUUAAUUUUUACGACAAAUUAAUUAACAUAUUAAUUAAUGAUUUUUAUGUGUUAUCUUCAGGAGGAUAUAAUAUCUAAUAAUUAUGAUAAAAUAUUAUUCAUUGAUUACUGAAAUUCAUAAUUUUGUAAUUCUCAUUUCACCAAAAAUUUUUUUUUAUUUAUUACCAACUUGUCUUGUAAAAUGGCAAGGUUACUAAAUAAUAUAGCUAAAUCAAAACAAGGACACGUACUUUGGACAUGUUUUUAAAACUAUUUAUUUACAAAAAUAUCUUAAAUUUUAUUAAUAAAUAUAAAUAAUAAUUAUAUAUGCGUCAUCACAAAUUUUAACUUAUUAAUGUGAAAAUUAAGAUACAAUCAUUAUUGAUCAGAGAAAAUAGAAAGGAAAAUAGAAGAAUAUAAUUUGGGUAAAUCUUUACUAUGGACAACGACAGCAUUAAUAUACACAUGGGAUACAUGGAAGAUUUUUUGCUCUCUAGCUGUCAUGAAAUGACUUGCUAAAACUUGGACGAUGACGCAAAAUACUUUUGUAAGAGUAACUCAACUGCAACAAUAUUCGUAUUUGUUCUCUUUAUUUCUUAAUAGGAAGUUGAAAGUUGAUUAUAAAUUUUUUAAGUUGUUAUAGAUUGUUAUCUGAGAAAUCAGAACAAAUGGAUAGAGAUUCAAGAGAGUUAAAAUUUACUGUGCCUUGGGGUCAUGUAGCAGCAAAAGCUUGGGGUUCUCCUGAGAAAAAACGUGUAUUAGCUGUUCAUGGUACCCUUGAUAAUGCUGGUUCCUUUACAAACCUUUGUAAAUUAUUACCCGAUAAAUAUUUUAUAGUGGCGAUAGAUUUACCAGGUCAUGGAUUUUCUACUCAUUUUCCUCGUGGAAUGAAUUUGGACUUUUUCAACUAUGUCUAUGCUAUAAAGUAUGUUUUAGAUGAAUUAGAAUGGAAUAAAUGUCUCUACAUUGGUCAUAGCUUUGGUGGGCAACUUGGAACAGUAUUUAGUAUUAUCUAUCCAGAAAGGUUAGAGAAAAUGAUCAGUUUAGAUGCCAUACUACCAAGAAGUAUUUCGAAUGAUGAACUAUUGAUACGAAUAAAAGAAGUAUCAGAAAUAACCUUUUCACAUAAUAAUAGUAAAGAAGAAAAAGCAUAUUCAAAAGAAGCCAUUUUAAAUGCUUUGAAGACUCGAAGAUACUUCAGUUUAAAUGAUUCUGCUAUUGAAGCAUUGUUUGAGAGAGCUGUAACAAAAGUAGGUGACGAUUUAUAUAAGUACAAUCGUGACAUUAGAAUGAGGAUUUUUUUGGUUCCAAAUUUAAAUCGUGAUCAAUAUGCAGAAUUAAUGAAAUAUGCUCAAACACCAACUUUGAUAAUAUUAGCUACGAACUCUUGGUUUAAUAUGACAGAAAAACUAGAAAGUGAUUUGAAAUUUUGUAAAAAAAUUAUGCCACACCAUUAUGUGAUUAGUGUUGUAAAUGGCAAUCAUGAUGUACAUAAUAAUAAUCCAGAAAGAAUCGUAUCUAUGAUCGUUGAUUUUUUCGAAAAUGAUAGUACAAAUAUUAAGAGUAAAUUAUGAUAUAAAUACAUGACUAUUUUUGUUAAAUAAUUCCACUUAUAGUUGCAUUCCAAAGGUUGACUUAAAAAUUUUAAAAGCACUGAAAACUAUACUGUACUAUGUUGUUAUUGUCUUUAAGGUAUUACUCACAGAUAUUUUAUUUAUAAUACUAAUGAUUAUAAUAAAAUUAUAGUAAAAAUAA